AUGCCCAGCCCUGUCCGGGAGCCGAUCCCGCAAUUGCAUCCUCCACAGCUUCCUCAACUUCAACCCCCACCAUCACCGCGCACACAUCGAGCCCUGCGACGGCUGCAGUCUGCACAUACCCUGGGCGCCGCAAACAGAGGCAGCAUCUUCUCGGCGUCACUGAUAUCGCAGCAGCGCCAGGACCAACAGCAGCGCAAUGCCUCGCCUACGCGCGCGUCCAACUUUGUCCACCGCGCCAGAGCCAACAGUGAUGCGACGUCGCCCAUGGUCCAUCAGAUGAACGCUGUGACGGCAGCCAAGCGCGCCGGAGUUAACAAACCCGUGUUCUCGCAUGGCCACCUGUCGCUGCAGCAGAUAAUGCGCGAUGGUCCGAACGAUGGAGACUAUGUCGGCGCGUUGGAGAGUGCCAGGUGGAAAGUCAUUGACGAGGGCGUCAAGAGCGCCGAGGAUGGAAUGUCAACCGUGAGAAUAUAUGUCUGGCUCAUCCUUCUGGAUGCCCCGAUCAUGUCAACGGACGACUAUCUUGCACUCGUUCACCGGGGAGCCUCGCCAGCAUAUUCGAAAAUAAGGAAUGACACCUUCCGAACACUCACAACUGAUCCGCUCUUCCGACGACGCGUCAGCGAAGCAAGUCUCAUCCGUCUUCUUAAUGCGAUUGCAUGGAAGUUAUCUGAUGCCAAGGAGGAGGAGAUGCAAUCGAGACCAAAUAGCCGUGGAAGAACUUCCAUGGGCAGACUCAGUCUUGCUAGCAAUGCAUCUGAGAGCUCGCAAGGCAAAUCAAGUGCCGAGGCGGGAACCUACGUCCAAGGCAUGAAUGUCCUUGCCGCCCCCUUUUUGUACGCGGCUCGCAGUGAGGCAGAGGCGUUUGUUGCUUUUCACUCUCUUCUCACACGCGAGUGUCCGGGUUAUAUUCGAGGAGCAAUGGACGGAGUUCACCGAGGUCUUGCCUUGGUCGACAAGGUAUUAGCCAUUGUCGACCCCAAACUGGCCAUGUACCUCACUGCCAAAGGACUCGCCGCAGAGAUAUACGCCUUCCCCUCUGUUCUGACGCUUUGUGCUUGCACACCGCCACUGCCCGAGGUCCUACGGCUCUGGGACUUCCUAUUCGCCUAUGGCCCACACUUGAAUAUUGUUUGCAUUGUCGCCCAAUUGACAAUUAUGAGGGCGCAAAUUUUGCAGUCACCGAGCCCGAACAAGGUCCUGCGGUCUUUCCCUUCACUGAACGCAGAGCUUGUGAAAAAUGUGACAAUUGGGAUCAUAAAGAAGAUCCCGGAUGACGUAUACUCGGAGAUUGUUUCACACGCGCUAUGA